AUGCCUUUAGCAGUUUGUGAAAGACUAGACCUAGAAGACAUGCAACCAACUAGGAUGUCCUUUCAACUGGCUGAUCGAUCAGUUAAGUACCCGAUAGGUAUAUUAGAAGAUAUCCCAGUUAGAAUAGUACAACUCUAUAUCCCUAAUGACUUUUUCAUAAUGGAUAUUAAAGAGGACGAAGAAAUCCCUAUCCUUCUAGGAAGACCAUUCUUAUCAACUACUGGAGCCAUGAUAAAUGUAAAAAGAGGUAAGAUGACUUUUGAAGUAGGAGACGAGAAGGUAGAGUUUAUCCUAUCCAAAUUUAUGAAAGCACACUCCAUGGAUGACUCUUGUUGUGCAAUUGAUAUCAUUGAUGAAUGCAUAAGAGAAUUAGAUAAGGAGGAGCAUAUCAAAACAAUAAAACUACCUUUGACGCCCAUAAUGGAAGACGAUGGAUUUAAGUCAAUUAGACCUUACAUUGAUGAUAACCUUAAUGAAUGA